GGCAAACCUGCAGGUUAAAAAUUUGUUGCAAGAGAAGCCCACACAUCCACACUGCCUGGAGAUUCAAAGAUGAGUUCAGUUCUAGCAUUUGUUUUUCUCCUCUGCCUCUCUUGUCCUUUUUCAUCAUGUCAGCAAAGAAGAGCAGGAGGUGAAGUUGGGCCAGAAAUGCUGGAAGAGAUGAGAGAAACUAACCGUGUGCUAAUGGAAGUUCGAGACUUGUUGAAACAGCAGAUUAAGGAGAUAACAUUCCUGAAGAAUACAGUCAUGGAGUGUGAUGCCUGUGGCAUGCACACUGAGGCAACAGGCCCUGUCAUCACCGUGACACAGUUUAACAGAUGCCUCCCAAACUCCUGCUUCCCUGGCGUGGCCUGCACUGAGACUGGCACUGGCUUCCGCUGUGGACCCUGUCCCCCAGGCUAUUCAGGCAAUGGGUCUCAUUGCACAGAUAUCAAUGAGUGCAACGCAAACCCCUGCUUCCCAAAGGUCCAGUGCAUUAACACCGUCCCUGGCUUUCGCUGUGAUCCCUGCCCUCCCGGCUUCACUGGGCAAAUGGUCGAAGGGGUUGGACUAGCUUAUGCCAGGGCCAACAAACAGGUUUGUACUGACAUCAAUGAAUGUGAAACAGGUGCUGCCAGAAACUGUGUCCCAAACUCCAUCUGCAUCAAUACACGGGGAUCCUACAAAUGCGGGUCUUGUAAACCUGGCUUUGUUGGGGAUCAAGUCACUGGCUGCAAGAGCCAGACAGUGAGACGCUGCCCUAAUGGUGAAAUUAGUCCAUGCCAUGAGAAAGCACAGUGCAUCGUCGAGCGCGACGGGUCCCUCUCCUGCGUGUGCCUCGUGGGGUGGGCAGGGAACGGCUAUGUCUGUGGGAAGGACACGGACAUUGAUGGAGUCCCUGAUGAGAAGCAACGCUGCUCAGACAAAAAAUGCCGCAAGGAUAACUGCGUGACUGUCCCAAACUCUGGCCAGGAGGAUGCAGACAGAGAUGGAAUUGGAGAUGCUUGUGACGAUGAUGCUGAUGGAGAUGGGAUAUUAAAUUCUGAGGACAACUGCAUGUACACACGCAAUGCAGACCAGCGCAAUGCAGACAAGGAUAACUUUGGUGAUGCCUGUGACAACUGUCGCCAAGUGAAGAACAAUGAUCAACGGGACAUUGAUGGCGAUGGGAAGGGUGAUGAGUGUGAUGAUGACAUGGAUGGAGAUGGGAUCAAAAACCAAAUGGACAACUGUAAGAGAGUUCCUAACCCUGAUCAGAAAGAUGGCGAUGGUGAUGGAGUAGGAGAUGUGUGUGACAGCUGCCCAACAGUCAGUAACCCAGACCAGAAAGACACCGAUCAUGAUCUAGUGGGAGAUGUCUGUGACACCAACCAGGACAGUGAUGGGGAUGGCCACCAAGAUACACGGGAUAACUGCCCGUCAGUGCCCAACAGCUCCCAGGUGGACACAGACAAUGAUGGGCUGGGAGAUGAAUGUGACGAUGACGACGAUGAUGAUGGGAUUCCAGAUGAGAAACCUCCAGGCCCUGACAACUGUCGGCUUGUCCCUAACCCUGGCCAAGAAGACUCAGAUGGUGAUGGUGUGGGAAACCUUUGUGAAGAUGACUUUGACAGAGACAUGGUGAUUGACAGAAUUGAUGUGUGCCCAGAGAACGCAGAAGUGACACUAACAGACUUCAGGGCUUUCCAGACGGUUGUAUUGGACCCUGAGGGUGACGCACAGAUUGACCCCAACUGGAUUGUCCUCAACCAGGGCAUGGAAAUUGUCCAGACCAUGAACAGUGACCCUGGCCUGGCUGUAGGUUACACGGCAUUCAAUGGAGUGGACUUUGAGGGCACAUUCCACGUCAACACUGUCACAGAUGAUGAUUAUGCUGGCUUCAUAUUUGGCUACCAGGACAGCUCCAGCUUUUACGUGGUCAUGUGGAAGCAGAUGGAACAGACAUACUGGCAGGCAAACCCCUUCCGAGCAGUAGCAGAACCGGGAAUUCAACUGAAGGCAGUGAAGUCUAAAACAGGCCCAGGUGAGUAUCUCCGGAAUUCUCUCUGGCACACCGGAGACACCACAGACCAGGUCAAACUGCUGUGGAAAGACCCUCGCAAUUCUGGCUGGAAGGACAAGACAUCUUACCGCUGGUUCCUGCAGCAUCGGCCUCAAGUUGGGUACAUCAGAGCUCGCUUCUACGAAGGCCCUGAACUAGUAGCAGACACUGGAGUUGUCCUUGAUACAACUAUGCGAGGAGGACGCCUGGGAGUCUUCUGCUUCUCCCAAGAGAACAUUAUUUGGUCAAACCUGCGUUAUCGCUGCAAUGACACCAUUCCAGAAGACUAUGAAACAUUUAGAGUUCAGCAAGACUAA